AUGUCAAGGAUGGAUUUUUCAGAAAUCCACGAAGGUAACGUCGGUCCAAUUAUAUAAUGACAUUUCAACCUGACAAUGCGCGUAUGCCACAGCUCACCUCGUGGUAGAUCUAAGGCAAAUAGUUUGGUUCUAAACUUGGUGACGCGACCUGAACACUAUCUGGAAAUUACUUUGAUUAAUUUAGGCUAUUAAAGAGGUAUUUUUGCGUAUGGAGUAGUCCAAGGGGAUGUUUUGAGUUUGACGACCAACUUUGAAUAACAAAUUUACUCUACUGGAUUUUUCGUUUGCAAGUUUAAGAUAUCGAGUCUACCGUGGAGGAGAAUGUGUUUAGACAAUCAACAGCUCGAAAAACGUUUCUUGUUAAGAAUCAGUAAGGUGGGACAUUCAAGUGACAAACAACGGACCAGUUACACGCUUAGAUUGAAUUUUUGCAUGAUCGAGGAAGUAAUUGAUCAGAAAUAGCGUUAAACGUUAACGGACUGGUUCGAGCACAUAUGAAUAACUUCGGACAUGAAUCAGGAGGCAAAAUUUUGGGCAAGAUUUGCGCGUAGCCCUUUACUUCUUGGAUAUAGAAAACAAUGAAAAAAUACAACAGAUUGUGUUUGGAACCUCAGCUCUGUGUUGGAGUAGUGUGGGCUUAUGUGGUAGUUAAUUACACAUAUAUGUAGGUAUGCAUAGGGUUAACAAUUGUUUAAAUUAAUGAAAGAGCAGAAGUUAUUUUCUACAACAUGUAGAUAUAUAUCCUGACAAAGGAGAAAAAGGAACUAGAACAUUUUGUUUUGACAUCUUCUUGUACUUAGCUUAGUGUGGAUAUGAAUUUUAACAACCUCCUAUUAAGGGCUGAAAUUCAGAGUUCCUUGUCUGUUAUUGAUUAUCAUUUGAUGAAGGUGGAUAGACUACAGAAGGGAAUUUUUAAAAGCUGAUGUUAGGAAUGUUUGGCUAUUUCAGAACAAAAUUUCAGAGGAGGGUUGGGAAGGAGGAGAGUAACUGUUGGGUGUGAGUGUGUUAAUAUAGUUGAGAAUGAAUCUAUGCUACUGGGGUAAACAUUUCUAACAGAUGUUAGCCCUUGUACUUCCAAGAUCUAACUAAUACUUCUCUAUACCUUCAACCAUAUAAUCCUUCUAAUUAUAGCACUUAGAAUUAUUUGUUUAGUCUAACUACUUCCCAUUCUGUACAUGCUAUACAUUCUAUAAAGAAGGUGAUGAAAAUUAUUUUACAAGUUGGUACUCAGAUGGCACUCAUUUCUGCAAUAUGUUUAAGCACACAAAGGAAGCACAAGUGGUUUUUUCCUCUAAGAGUAUCGUUUUUUUGUGAUUUACAGAUGAACUGGUGAGUUUGGGAGUUGACUUUGGUAAGUAUUUUGUCGAUGAAAGUGCUUAUAAACUCCAGAAGUGAUUAAAGAAGUUCUCCUUUUUAUAUCCAUGCAUCAUCCAGCAAACAGGAAAUGAGAAUACUCAAACAAAUAGUUGUUAACUUUAUUGAACACAAAGUUCUCAUAAUUAAUUUACUAGGAAUAACAGGGUGUUCAAAAGAAACUUAUUGCACUGAAUAACAAAGGCACAUGUGUUGCACAUUUCGACCAUGCAUGCCAAAAAAUCGUCUAUGUGCGUCUGACUACCCCAUGUCUGAGUGUAUGAAAUUUGUUGGCAUAGUUAACAUACAUGUGAGCAGUACUGUUUGUAACAGCUAGAGGUGAGAAUUAACCCUCCAACUCCCAGAAGUGAUCAACAUUAAACUUCUCCCCAUAAUAUCCUAACGUUAACCAGCAAAUAGGUAAUGAGAAUAUUCAAACUUAUCAAGUAGAAGUUUUUAUCUUGAUCUAACACCAAGUUCUCAUUACCACUUCACAGAGAAAUGUGUAGCAGCUUAAGGGGAGAAUUAAUAAUUUGAUCUUGGGAGUCAAAGGGUUAACAAUCAGAUCUUGGGAGUGAAAGAGUACACUGAUUCAUUUCAUUUUAACCUCUCAACUCCACGAAAAUAAGCUAAAGCUUUAACAUUGAACAUAUUCUUGGUACAACUUGCAUGUGGUUUAAAUUUUUUUCCUUAUUCCUAGCUCCUUAUGUUGGUCAUAACUCAGGGCGUGAAAUUACACCUAAUACAGGCACCAAUGUGACUAAAUUUUUCACUUUUGUGACCAAAUCCUGAAAAUUAGUCGCCAAAUUAGCAACUAGAAUGUUUCAUCAUAACCUUACUUAGAGAUAUAGUGAAUUAAAAAGAUUUGUAGAGAUAAAUCUGCAGCAAACUUCCUCAUUAAGUUUGUUUCUGAAACGCAGCACAUGCAUCUUGAUUGAUAACUAGACACCAUCUUGGAUUUAGGUGAACUUGGACAUAGCAUAUCAUCCAUCCUAGUGUCCACUUUGUAGCAGGUUAAAGAUCUUUUCCCUAACUUAAUUUCUAGAAUGAUGACAGUGUAAAAAAGAAAGUUUUGUUUGUCUUGGAAAAUGGUGACCAACUUUUUUUGAAUUGGCUACUACUUUGUAGGAUUUAGGAGCCAAGUGGCAAUCAGAAAAAAAAAUUAAUGUCGUGCCCUGUAACUUGAAUUGUAUUGCGACAGAUGGAUGAUAAGCACAACUUCAUGUGAUGUCUCAAGAAUUCACACUGUGAAAAUGCAGUAGAAAGCUGAUGUUUCAUUUGCUCUGAAAAAGGGCUGAUGCUCAAAACAUCUGCUUUUGAACUCUUUAAAGUGGCCAAUUUACAUUAUCAACUAAGUUGAUAAUAAUAAAUUACCCUGUUAGACUCUCCCACCAACACAGUACCACAGUUUCUUAAGAAACUUACCCUUUUAUUCAUUUAACUCUACAAUUACUUGUUUAAUUAACCACUUGAUUGAUAUUAUGCAGAUUGUAUGAGUGUAGCAUUGAAAACAUAAACCAUUGAUAGAAAUAAACAAACAUCUCAUUCCAAAAGAUAGAAAAAUCCCAGAAUAUCUAACUGUUACAAGUAGCAUCCAUUAGAUUGGGUAAGGUCAGGCUUACUGCCAAAGAAACAAAUCAAUUGUAUGAUAAAGUAUUCCAAUGUCUAGAAUUUUUGUCUAGUAUGUGUCUUUUUGUCUGAUACCUGAAUAAGGAAUGUCCAAAAGCCCUCAAGGCCAGUGGCAUGAGAUAACCUAUUAUCAACAGACCGAAAUCAAAAUGGCAGUUACAAUGCUUUUAAACUGUACUCAUUUGCUCAUUAAGUAGUGGGAAAGCAAAAGUCCCAUGAGUGACACAAUAACAUCUCCUCAAAGAAUGUUAACUUAACUUAGCUACAAUUAUUUUCUCAGAACAUGGAAGACGAGGACCAAGACCACCUUUCCGACACCCUGGACCACACCCUUUUCCCCCAUUUGGUCCAGGUGGGCCCCAUGGACCUCGCAUGCCUCCAGGAGGUCACAUGCCCAGACCACCAGGUCCUAUGAUGAUGGGACAUCUAGGUCCACACCCACGUGGACCCAUGGGGCCCAUGAUGCGUGGCCAUAUGCCAGGCCCUCAUGGUCCUCCAGGUCCUAUGGGGAUUCCAGGACCCAUGAGAGCGAGGCUCCCUAUGGGGGAACAUGACAUACUACCUCCAUGGAAUGACAGGGGAAGAGGAAGGAGGCCACCUGGCAAACCACUACCUCAGCGACAACUAAGUCGAGAAGCACCAAAGCCCAAAAAGUCUAUAACACCUGAUAAAGCAAAGUAUGGACAUAAUAUUAUUGGGGAGGAGAUUUAAAAAAGGGGCUAAAUUAGGCACUGCUCAGCACCCCCACUUUGCAAAAGGUUUAACAUUUGAUUAUGAAAGGCUGAUACGCAAAAGGUUUAACAUUUGAUUAUGAAAGGCUGAUACGCAAAAGGUUUAACAUUUGAUUAUGAAAGGCUGAUACGCAAAAGGUUUAACAUUUGAUUAUGAAAGGCUGAUAUGCAAAAGGUUUAACAUUUGAUUAUGAAAGGCUGAUACGCAAAAGGUUUAACAUUUGAUUAUGAAAGGCUGAUACGCAAAAGGUUUAACAUUUGAUUAUGAAAGGCUGAUGCGCAAAAGGUUUAACAUUUGAUUAUGAAAGGCUGAUGCUCUUAGGUCAUCACUAUGUCAGUGAUAAUCACAUUGUGGGGUCAGUGAAUUGCUACACACUGAUUUUUAGGGGAGUUAGUGGUGUUUUUGGAAGUGCCAAGUAAAUAUGUUUGGGUUAAGGAAUGUUUUAAGCAAUAAGUCCAGAACCUUUGCCCCAACAUUUUUUUUCAGGGGUGGGGGAGUAACUUUUACACUUCCUUACUGUGGGGAUAUUGCAGUUGGGUAAACUAUUACCAUAGCAACAGUUGUGAAGGAAAACAUGAUAAACUUUGUUUUAUGGAAUCUAGCUAAAAAUUCCAUUUAUAUUAUUUCUUAUUAAUUUUCAAUUGAGGAAAACAAUCACAAUCAUUUUGGGUCAAUUGUUAAAGUUUUGUGGUUAAUUUUCUUGAUUUAUACUACAACCUCAGCAAAUCUUAUAUGAAAAGCUUGUGUGCUCUAACAUGGCUGGUGAAUGACUUUCCUUCAAGAAGCACGAUUGUUAAACAAAAACCAUAGAUUGAAUUCCCUGAAUAUAUUUUUCCUUAGUAACUGUUGCCAUGACAAACUAAACAAAAUCAUCCCACACAAAGUACCUGCCAAUGUUUCCACCCCCCUCCAAUUCAAUUUUAUCUGGCAGGGUUGUUUUGCAUGUAUUGCCAAAAGAUCACGAACAAAUAAAUAUCAGUACUUUAAAAAGCACUUCACUGCCCCUUGUGGCCAGUCACUGACCCCUCAGUUUUUCACCAUAACUAACGUUGCAGUGAUCUCUGGGUAUCAGGCUACCAUGAUCUGAUGUCAAACCUUUUGUGUAGUGAGUGUGCUAGGAGGUUGACUUAUCUGACUUCUCCUCCUUGACUGUAUUUUGAAGGAUAGGCUAAAAAAAUAACCAACAAGACUUUGCAAAAUCAGAAGUGAAUUCAAAAAGAUUUAAAGUUAAUUGAAAUCUAUUUCCCUAAUUUACAUACAGUCAUCGGGUCACAAAAUAUAAUUUUGUCAUGUGGAGAGAACAGAGUGGAGAGGUGGAUAAAAUGAUAAAUUGUAUAGUUAAGUUUCAGAACAUCCUCUUUUUCACAUGAUUAAGAUACCUCUUUUUCCUAUUGUAAGUAAGCUGGCACGCAACUACAAAUCUUAAUAAUUUACCUUGGAAAAAAAAACAAAAACAAGAAUAGCAACAACAACAACUAUAACUUUACCCAGUAAUGGUGUUCUGCUCUCUCUAUAUUUAACUGUUUGAUAAGUUUGGUCAACUCUUCCCUGACAUUCAUUGAAAUUUCCCAUACUUUCUAGAAAAGAAGAGUCAAAACCAGCUGAUGGAGAAGCUAAAGGUCCUCCUGCUAAAAAGGUAUUUUGAAUUGAUUUAGUCCUAUUGAAUUGGCUGGCUGGUGACUUUAUGUGGCAAUAAAGUCAAUUGUGCUGUACAUUAUGUAGGGUUAUAAGUUACCACCUUCUUUAUCAGUCUUUGUUUCAAAAUUCUAGACUUAAACUGAGGGUAUUCUUUUGAAUGCAAUGUAGAAGUGUUUGGGGACUCUCUUUUUAAUUUUUCAGCCUAAAAAGGAAGAUGACGACCUGGAGGAUCUUGAUGAGGUAGAAAAUGUUUUGUUAACCCUUAACACACAAAUAUCAGUAUGCAUAUUCUCCACACUUUUCCCCAUACAGUUCUUAAGGUGCUUAUUUUUCUUUUUUCUUUUUUCUUUUUUUCCCCCUCUGCUGUGUAGGAAAAGUUGUUAAAGAGUGAUGAUGAAGGUGAAGGGUGAGUUACACUUGAACAUUAUUGUUUUUAUUACAAUUAAUUAAUGUUGAACUAUUUUAAAUUUGCAUCCUGUUUAUUUGAUUUAAACAGUAUAGCUACUAAUGAAAAAAAUUUGCCAUUUGUAUCAAACUUUUUAAAUCACUCCUCAAAAAUUUAAAUCACAUGACAGUUUCUUUAGAUCACUAGGAAAGUAUCAAGUCAAGUCAAAUUAAAAUGCUGUUGAAAGAAUCCCUACUCUAGUGAUUGUUUUCCAAAUAGUUAGUGAUCAGGAAUUCCUAUUGAUCACAUCACAAGUUGUCAUGUUUAGAUAUAUGAAAUUCACUUGUGAUGAGCUCAUGCUAGUUGUAUACGUUAUGAUAUGAUCAUCAUUUUCCUUUUUCUUGUUUUUUGCUUGUAAUAACCUAUGAAGGUGUUCCAUGCCAAGUUGUUUUUGUUUCUUUUCAAUGUUGUUGUCCAGUCAUAUGCAGAGUUGUCUCUGAUAUCAAUUCUUGACCCCCAAUUUCAUAGGGCAAAUAAUGUUGAUUUGGAUGCUGUGAGUAUCCAUGGUGAUGAUGAACUGGAUGAUAUUGAUAAAGAGAUCAAAGGCCUGUCAGAAGGAGCAGCUGAAAACAGUAAGAAGACAAAUUCAAAAGGUAUGGAUUUGUAGGGUGAGCUUGUCAAUUCAGCUGAUCACAUACUUGAAAUUUCAGGGUGCCCAAGUCUAUUUGGUUGACCAAAUUAAUUAAUCAAUUGAAAAGAUUUCUAUAUGUAUAUUAUAUUAGCUUGAAACUAUUAUCAAAAUGACUGAAAAUUUGAUGUUGUUUACAGAAGAAGUUAAGAAGGAGCAAGUCACACCUGUCAAAAAAGAGAUAAAGAAUGACAGUGAUAGUGAAGAUGAGGGCAAGAAGGACAGACAGCGCUUUAAGUCCGAGCGACCAAAGGAGGCACAGUUCAAGAUUGAAAAGCAUGAACAAAGUAUGUGGCAUUUGUAUCAAAAGUGAUUUUUGUUUUUUUUUUUAAUAUAGUUGAACUUCCAUUCAGGAGUACUGAAGGGAACCUACAAUAGAGGUGUACCAGUUACAUUUAGAGCCACAGGUGUUAGAGAGAAUGAUGGGCAAGAGAGGUGUAAGAGACUAGAGAAGGAAAAGCAAAAGACAUGAGGGAAAUGCCACACUCUUUAAAUUUCUUCUCAUUAAUACACAAUGCAAUGCAGUAGUGCAGUGGGUAGUGUUGGUUAGAAUAGAGGAAAGUUGUCCCUCCCCCCCCCCUUUUUUGCCUUCUCCCUCCCCUUAUUUGUGUUCUUUAAAUGUAGAUGGUCCAAAAGAGAGAGAGAACAGAGUAAAAGAUGAAAGAACCCUUAUUAACCCCUUACAACCCAAGACAGCUUUGUUAAUUCACCAUAAUUUCUGCCAUAAAUUUUGCAUAAUACUGGUUCUGAGGAUUUGUUGUAUCCCUUAGUUGCUAGUUUUGAAUCCUUUACUCUCAUCACCAGGCCCUAGUUGUUCAAAGGGUGGAAAAUGCUAUCCAACGGAUAAAUCGCUAACCAGUGGUUAAUUGUUAGCAAAAAUUAUUGCACUAUCCAUCGGAUAGGGACUUUUCCAGUGGAUAGUACUAUCUACCCUUUGAAACAACCAUCACUGUUUUUUUUUAAUGUAUUAUCGGGAGAAUCUACUGAGUAGUCAUCUGAAGUAUAUAGUUUCAGCCUUUUAUACUAGAAGCAAUGUAACUUCUUUUUCUGUUAUCCCAGAGAGAGAGUUCAAAAAGCAUGAUGACAGAAACUGGAACAGAAGAGAUGUUGGGCGGGGCCGUGGCAGAGGAGGGCCAAUGAUGUAUGUAUUAACAACACACAGCAGUUAUUUGUUUUGAUAAUUGAUGCAGUUUUUUUGUAAAAUGUACUCAUUAUUGUCAGCAUGAACAAGAAUGCGUAAUUUACUCCUGAACUGAAAUUGAUAUGUUGGGGGUAGUAGCCAGAGCUUGUUUUUUUCCCUCUUAACCCUUUAACUUUCAAGAUCUGGUUGUUCAUUCUCCCCUCCAGCUGUUACACAUUUCCUUGUAAAUUAGUUAUAAGAAUUUGGUGUAAGAUCAAUACAAAAAAUUCUACCUGAUAAGUUUGAACAUUCUUGUAAUGUGUUUGCUAAAAAAUGUACAGAUAUUUUAGGGAGAAGUUGCAUGUUAAUCACUAUCAGGAGUUAAAUGGUUAACCCUUUCACUCUGUGGAUCUAAAUACCAUUUUUCCUUACAGUCUGUACUACAUUUCAUAUGAUUUUGCCUGGACGAUUUGACGUUAUAUCGUGCAAUAUACUCUGAGUGAUAUUUUUCUUUUGUCUCAUCAUCAUUCUGCUUAAAAAAUGUAUUGAUAUUGCAACGACAAAAAAAAAUUUUUUUUAGACACUCUUGGGAGAGAAGGGGUUUAUGAAAUGAACAAUAGAGCUCGUUUGAAAUAGGCCUUGUUGUUUCAUCAUUACUUCAGGGGACCUCCUCUACCAGGAAUGGUUCGGCCAGGAAUGCACCCUCCUUUUCCACCUAGAGGGCCAGAUCCUUUUAUGCAUGGCCCCAGACCUGGUAUGGUGCCAGGCCUUGGAGUAGGACCAGAUCAUGGCCCUGGUCCCCGACCACGCUUCCCACUUGGACCCAGUGGACCAAUUCCUGGUCACAUGCCUGGGCCCCCAGAUGGCCAUGGAGCCUUCCCCCCACCAAGUAAGUUAAAACACUAUUGUUGCUGAUCUUCUCUUUUCAAAAAUUUUCUUCUCGUAGUUGUUAAUUUUUAAGUUCCUAGGUCAGCUGCCAGAUGUAGUUCAAGUUUAUUAUUGAAAUCAGUGCCCUAAGUGUUUAUGUGUAAUGACAUGGAAGAUGUGUAGUGUGCCUCUUUUAUCUUGAUUUUGGAGGGUUACCAAAAUAUGGCUCCACCCCCCAGGGAACAAUCCCUCUUUCUUUUACUUUUUAUCCAGUUUAAAUCCUGUUGAUAGCACCAAGACACUUGUUACAGUGUUGGGAUACAACAGCAGGUGCCUGAUUUUAGGGACCCUUUUUAAAUCUUUCCCGAAUUGUGGCCAGGUACAUGAAUGAUCAUCUUCCUUCAUGCACCAUAUGCAUAAGGAAUACAACUUUAACUGUGUAUUAAGACACACAGAGAGUUGAUCAUGAACAUUUUAAUAGCUGCAUAGUUGUACUCAUUGUUAUCUUCCAACUUUAUUUCUUUCCCUGCUGAAUUAAGUAAGGUAUGAUUAAAAAAUCACCAUCCCCAAAAUAGUUUGCUGUCUUAGUGUCUUUCCAUAAAAGUGCAUAAAGGAAGCUGUGGGAUUCUUAUUCAAUAGGGUUCUUGAUCAAAGGAAGGUGCUAAUUUGAGGACUUACAGUAGCAAUUCCUAAUUCUUCCUCUCUGCCCCAGAAAUCAAAGGGAUAAAUUCUUCCCAGGCGUUACAUGAUUAUAGUGUACUAAGACACCUUAGGUAGUACAGAAUGUCAGCAAGGAACUGAGAGAUAUGCUUCUUUAUAACAGGGCCACCUCAAGGAAAAAAUAUUCACAUCAACCCACACUUUAGACCUCCUCCAGGGGGAAGAGGAAUGCCAGAGGGUGAGAUAUAUUUGAAUCAUUUUACAAAGUGAAGUUGUAACUUUCUGGCUGCUAUAUUUUAACAUCACCCAGCAAACCGUUUAGAAGAAUUGACACCUUUUACCUUAACAGAGUUAUCUUGAUGUGACACCAAGUUUUCUCUGAUGGACACGGGAUUGUGUCACAGAGAGAAAAGAUACAAUGUUUUUUUUUAAUUUUUAACUAUUUCUUUCGUCAGUUCUUUUGUCAUCUUCAGGACAAUGUACUUAAAUUUGAGCUUCAAGGGAGAAAUGUAUUCCUAUAUUAGACUGUAAAGUUCGUUCCAUUUAAUGUACAAAAACUGUUCUCGUUAAUGUGUCUUAAUUGCAUGCAUUAAGAAAAUUUCACUACCAUGUGAAAACCCUUUUUUUCCUUCCUUUAGGGUGUUUGAUAUGUGUGUUAACAUCUACAUGUCAAUUGUGAGGUCAUAAGGAAUUACACUGUUGUUGGAAGGUCUCGUAAAUUUAUACUGAGUAAAUGCACUGUUUUGGUUUAAUCUUGCAGGUCCACCUCCCAUGCGAGGGCCACACCUUGGACCUCUCAGGCCUGAUGUGCCAGGGCCCCAUAUGGCAGCUCUUCACCCAGGUCCCAUGCGCCCAGAAGUUACUCUCCCACCUGGCCCUGCUGGAGAUUUUGGACCCCGUGGACCUCUUCCAGCUAGAGGGCCUCAUAUGGGUCCAGAGCAAGGACCAAGGCCCAGCAUGGGACAUGACCCAGUAACAGCACCAAGGCCAAUGGGCCCAGGUGGACCAGGUCCCAUGCAAGGUCCUGGACAAGGUCAUGGGCCAAGAUCUGGUCCAAUCCCUGAGAAUGACAUGAGGCCACCCCAUGUCAUGGGAGCUGGCGCAAAUGCACUGUCACAACCCAGGGUAAGUUGCAGAUUCUUUGACUCAACUCUUGAUUGAUUAUAUAAGAGCAUCUCAAACUGCAUUAAACUUGACAACUGUUAAUUUGACUUGCUGCAAAAUUUACUUAACUCCACGUAUGGCCAGGGAACGAUGAGGAUCUUAUCACUCAAAUUAUUUUAUUCUUAAAAAGUUUUGAAAUUCCAGAAGUUUCAUUACCUGACGUGGCAAAAUCGCAAAAAUGGAAUGACCAAUAAUUAACUCAACUGACACCAAUAGAAAAUUUUCAAACUUAACCAAAUUCCAGUGAUGUCAAAGUUUCAUUCGAAAAGUAAACACCAAUUUUCUUUGCUAAUUUCAAGGGACCUCCCCAAGUAACACCCAACAUGGUCCCUCCACAUGGUCCUCUACCAGGGCGUGCCCCAACAGCAGGGGGCCCAGGUGCAGUAGCACAUACUGGAGCACCAGGGGGACCUAGCCCCUUACCAGGGCAGCAACACCCAGCCAUGCCACCAAGGGGUCCCACACAAGGAAUGCCACCAACAGGAUUACCUCCUGGAGGCCAAGUACAUCCAGGUGCUUUACAGUCAGCAAUGCGACCACCAGCGAUGAACCAACAUCCGGAAGUACCCAUGUCGGAACCAGAACGAAUUGUCAUUGGAAAUCGUGUGACAGUGUCUAAUAUGGAUGUCUCCAAUCCCGUAAUGCGAGGUGGAAUACCACCACCUGGUUACAAUGCAGCAGCAGCCAUGGCUGCAGCUCAGGGAGCUAAUUUAGCUGCUGCGGCUGCAGCGGCAGCAGCUGCAAGACAACAGCAGUUUCCUUACGGACAGCAGUAUCCUUAUGAUUAUGCAGCCGUGUAUGGAGCGGAGUGGCAGCAGUUGAUGCAGCAGCAGAGAGAUGCAGCUUAUGCUGCGGCAGCAUAUGGUCUGGAGAAGCACACCAAGGUGAGGUUUAAUGAUGAACGUAUAACAGUAAACUGUGAUACACGCCUAACCAAGCUAUAGGAAGUUUUGGGUUUCUUAUGAAACGUAGAAAAUCGUUAACUGAAAACUGGUUGUGAUAUGACCUGUCAUAUUGAAAAUCAAGACAUGUGCACAGUCCCCGAAAACUUGAACUUACUCGCAGUGUUUUUCGUUAUUUUAAAGACCACAGAUAAAAGAAAUUUUCAAAAGGGUAGAGCAAUCCUUGUACCAGUUGAGUUUUAAAAAACUCUAAACGAUUUUAGGUAGUAAUUAGGAGUACUAGGGGCGAUAGUUAUAGCUGGUACUGACUGAAAAAGGAAACACUGCACUUUAAGAGGCAAAGGUUGUUAAACUUUCCAAACUUGUCUUCUUAGAGUCACAAAUCAAAGAAGCAUCAUCGUCGUUAUAGUGCUGACAGUGCGGAGAGUGACUUCAGCAGUGCAUCAAGAUCGGCAUCCAGAUCAGCUUCACGUUCUUAUUCCAGGUCACCAGCAAGGUCUUGGACUCGUUCACGUUCUCUAUCGCUGUCCCGGUCAAGGUCGAGGUAACCAUUGAAUUGUGAAUUGAUUGCCAUCGCCAAAUGAAUCGUGGAGUACUUGUCCUUUGCUUCAAGUGCUCCAUGAAAGCAGAAUAUUUUGGAAUGUCAAUUAUUAUGUAGAGGAAAAAAAGUGCAUAGAGCACUAAAGUGAGUGUCCAAAGUAAUUUGGGAUUGCUUUGGUCUUAACUUUGCCUUCUGAUUGGUUAAGAAAACCCGUGCAAUCAUCUCAACCAAUCAGAUUCAAAAUUAACAACAAUCGCGUUUUCCCGCGCUUCGAACAGUUUGUUUUCUUUCACUUUGAGUUCUCAUUAGCCAAUGAUAAUGUAAUUGUCUUGUUGGUACUGGUUUUUUUUCAGGUCGUCGUCAAGGUCAAGGUCAUUCUCAAGGUCUGUUUCACCGCGCACUCCGCAAACAAGAUCUCCAGUCGUUCGCGCAGCUAAACCAGGGCCUCAUCCGAGAAGGGUAGACAGUCGCAGAGAACGAGAGAAAGAACGGCCUGACAGAAGUCAUGAAAGAGAAAGAGAACGAGACAGAACAAGGUUUGUAAUGUAUUUUUCCUCUCAAGUGAAAAAUCUUUAUUCAGUUUUAAUCUAAAGGAGAGAUUUUUCAUGAUGAAUGUCAAAAGGUGAGCUAAAGCGUCAUAGAGUUUUCUUUUGAUUUUACUAAAGGGUAUUUGUUUUGUAUUCAAAGGAAAUUCACAGUGUACAUAAUUAAGGUAGCAGUCUUCAUACAGGAACUUUGUUGCUAUUAAGGUGUGGCUAGGUAUUAGUGAAUGUUCAAGUAUGUAAAGGUUAAAUUGCUUCCUAAACCUGCCGCAACAUGCUGCCUUUUCUUGGAUACAACCCCGUCAAUAUGUUUGUACUGUAUGCUUGAUGCCGAAACUGUUGCAGCAGCGUAAAACAAUGUGUAUGUUGUUGGUUCAUGUGGCAAACUCUUAAAUACAACAACGUUAACAUUCUUAGUUCGGUUUAUUUUGUCCAGAAGUUGUCGGAACAAAUAAAAACAAUGUGGCUGGGCUGGGCUAGGCUAAUUGGUCAUUUACUGUCAUAAAUUAAAUCGAGUGAACCUAGGGGUAACUUGCGAGCUUGUAGUCUGAUUGUCCAGGUGAGUGUAGUCCUGAGAAGGACUGUUGUCGGCAGUAGUGACUGACGUUUGGACAACCUGAGCGGAAGUCAUCGUCAGAGUGAAGUGGAGAAUAUUCUCUGUCAGGUGUUAUAAGUUCGGUUCGUGUUUGUGUGUUCAACGAAAACUUGAGUUUAAGCCUAGCCAGAAGAACACCGAGAUCUUUGCAGAGGGAAUUGAACCAGAGUUGUUGUCAUAUUCGUCUGACAGCGCUUUUGUUAAUGAUGAAUUCAUUCGCACGUUUUCCGCUCUAUCACUCAAGUGAAUGUAAUACAGUAAAUGGUUUGUGACUCAUUGUUUUCUGUUCGUAAUAUUUGGCAGGGAGCGGCCUGACAGGAGCAGAGAUGGUUACAGGAAUCGUGAGAGGAAUGACCGAGAGAAGCCUAGGGAGAGGGAAUCACAUGAACAACGAGAACCACGUGAACCCCGUCAUGACAGGCCUCGGGAGAGAGAGCGAGAGAGGGACAGAGGAGAUCGCGAGAAGGCGAAAGAGAGGGAACGGGAGAGGACAAGGGAUAGGGAGAAGCCAAAGGAAGGUCAUCGAAGAAGUCGAAGUCGAGACCGAUCAUCUCACAGACGAGAGAGCAGGGAGUCCAGACAUUCUGAGAAUAGUGCCUCAAAGGUUGGUGGACAGACUUAACCAUGUGGUUCAGCCUUUAUGCUAUUUUAUUUGUCUAUUUUAUUGAUUUUUUCUUUAACUCUUCAUUUUUACAAGCACGUUGCAUUCAAAUUUUAUGCAAUAUUGAUUGUAUUUCAAUGGACGCAAACUUAAUGUGGUUGUAAUCUAAAACUUCGUAUGCUUGCUUCCAGGCUCGUAAGAUUUAGCAAGCUCAGUAAAAAACUGACCAAUCCUAUAACUGGGAAAGGGCAAUGAACUGCUCCCAAUUUGAAGUUGGAACCUUUUUUUCCCUAAAGUGUGAAUGCUGUAAAUACAAAGAAAAAUAACAACAACAACAACAACAACAACAACAAAGCGAAUGGGCCCUUUUUACUGUAGAUAUCUAGUCAGUGUCUUUUCUUAAAGUAUAAAGCACAAUCUUAAUAAGGUUCGACUAUCAACCGCCUUUCGGGAAAUGAGCUUGCGCUUAACCCCCGAUGUCUCGAAAGGAUUGGGGACCGUACGAAGACUGGGUACGAAUGAUUCAGAUCAGAACACUCUCAUGCCUGAAAGCCAGCACUGAUCAUGGUCCACAAUGAUGUAAUCUUUCCAAAAUCAAUGCGAAAUGCAACCUUUUUAUUUUGCAGCGGAUAGUUGUUGGACCUUCUGAAAGCAAGAGUAAAACAUCUGGUUCUACUCCGGACGCUAAAGCCAACCGUGUGGUCGUAACCAAGGCUUCAAGCAGCGGGAAGCCGUCAAAUCGAGUUGUAAUUGGUUCUUUGCCGGAAGCGAUAACACCAAGCAGGCUAAAGGAGCUUCUGCAGGGCGUUGGUCCAAUUCAGGUACAGAACGAGUCGUCAAGAUCAAAAGACUGAUUCCCCUAACAGAUAAUAAUGCAUUUCUCUGCAGGCCAAUCCAUAGAAUUAGAAGCUCUGUCUUAACGUUAUUGCCUUGUUGACAUGUAAUAUAAGACUAACGACAACAAUAAGUUACAUCUUACUUGAACUGAAUCAAAUAAUUAUGAAUUUCAGUCUACGCGUUUUAUGAAACACAUUUCGGGGUAAAGUGAGCAUAACAAUUAUUUUUUUCGUGUGUAGCCUUUAGGGGAAUAUAACAUUUUUAUCUCAACAGCAACUAAAGAUGUCCACGACAAAACACAAAGCACUGGUGACGUUUGAGAAGAAUGAACAUGCCCUGGCCUGCCGACGAAAAUUUCAUAGGUACACUUUGUUUACACUAGUGUUGAUCAGUUGAAAUAUUUCAAGAUAUUAAGAAUGUAAUAAGUCUGCAUGUGAAUAUGGAAGCGAUCUUCGCAAUGAUGAACACUAGUUAAGCAGUAGGGAAAGUAAAGCCUGAAAAAAAUUCAAGCCUGUACGGGAUUUGAACCCAUGUCCUCUGCGAUACCAGUGCAGCGCUCAACCAACUGAGUUAACAAGCCAACUAGGAGCUGGUCUGCAUAUUGUGUUUGAAGUGGGUACAAAUGUGCACCACAGCAAAAUCUCGACAAGGCUUUAUACUCAUUUAACAUCCUUUUUUUCAAAUCAAUUUUUUUUCUCCAGGACUGUAGUCGAUGACAGCCAAGUUACUGUUGACUUCCUCUGAUUUUUUAAAAACAUAUUUCACAAGGAUUUGCCCUUUGCGGUCUGCUCCCUUGUAUGUAGUGUUGUAGUUGUACUGUUGUGUUAUUGUGUCUGUUUUCAUAAAGCCUGGCACUAGUAAAAACUCUGAAAUUUACUAAGGGUAAAUCUCAACAUCAUAAUUCCAUCUAUCUAAAAACGAGCCUUUUCUAGAACGUUGUGAUUCUUCAUCAGAUACAUUUUUAGUAUGCGAUUUUCUAGAAAAGUAAGCUCUAAAGAUUAUUGGCCCUGUUGAUAUUCUCAUUACUAAGCACUUAAAUGACAUAACUUAUUGAGAUAAAUAUACUGCAAUGCUAUAAGGCUCACUAUUGGGUUAUCAUAAGUGAUAGCCGGUGGCUUUUAUGUGAUUCGUUAUUGUUUUCAAAAUAGUAGUUACCUCCUUACUGUAGCCAUAGUUAGUAGUUUUUAGCCUUGUGACUUUAAGAAAAUUUAUUAUAGACGGAGAGAGAAUCAAAGGUUAUGUACAGUGUAAAAUCAACCAAAAGGAGAAUGAUGUCUUUAAAAAACUAAGGAAUUUUUUUAAUAUCAAGUUUAGGUGUUAAAAGUUCUAUAUUCUGAACAUGAAAUUCAUCAUUCAGCAAAAUUUAAAGGGUUUAAAUUGAAGUCUUAGAGUUUUACUGUUAAUAGUUAUAAGAUGUUUUACAGAAGAUUCUUCCAAUUUGAAACAGUUUUGUUUUUUUCUCAUUAUGUUGAUAUCAUGCAAGAGUUAUACUACCCUUCAGGGAGUGACGCAAUUAUCGCUAUAAGGAAAACGUUGAUCAUGUGGCUGUAGACAAACAUGCAGUGGUUCAGAUUCAAAUUGCUACUUCUAUUUUGAAUAUAUUUGAUGCGUUAUGAAUAGCAAGGGGUACAAACAUUGGGUGCAACUAAACUUAAACUUCAUGAUAAAGGAGGGUUUGUUUUAAACAGUUCCAGUGUUUCACUGAUUGGGGCCUAAAAAGCUCGUUGUUUAAUUUUCAAUAAACACACCAGGAGUAAACAUUCAAAAACAGCAAUUACUACCUGCUUCUUCUUCCCUUCAGUUUACUUUCGUAAUGGAAAUGCUUCGUUUUGAGGGGGAAGGGAAAAGCUACCUUCCCGUGCAAAUUAAUUAAGGCCUUUUUCAGUUUUAUUGUGAUGUUAAUAGUUUGGUGUAUGUUUACGUUGGCGAAAAUUUUCAAUUUCUCAACUUAACUUUCAAAAUCAAAUUUUAUAAGUAAAUGUUACGAAGUCACACUAAGCUCUAAAGUAGCUUUGAAGAGCUUGCUUUUUUUAGCUAGUUGACCCUAUAAUGCUUACUCGUAUACAACUUUCGUUUCCCUUCGCGAUUGUUGCAUAAUUGAUCUGCUGCUUCUACAAUCUUAUUGUAAUAUAUAUUUAGCAACUAUUCACGAAAGUGGAGGCGGCUAAUGGUGGUUUUGUUUUAGUGUAUUAUUAAAUAGUGAGAUAUUAUAGCACAAAAAAGUGAUUUCAACUAAUUUGUUCCUGCAACGAUUAUAACAUUUUCGGGCGCAAAGCCCGCGUACGUUCCUGGGAGGUAAAUAGUAAAGGCUAUUCGGGGUUUGAGUUACCAAUCAGAGACCACCUUCGACGCUGUUCACUGUUUUAGUAUAUACUAAAUAUAUGUAUCCUAUCAAACACCAUAUGUGAAGUUUGUAGGAAAAAAUAAGACGAAUGCUCGUUAUUAAUUUUUAAAAGGCACCGAAUGUUUGACAAACUGUCAACGACAAAAAAGGAUUUUGUGCUUUUUACUAUAAUGUCACAGUUUUGAACGACUAUUACUUGAAGCCACGAGUAUGUAUUUAAAAAUUGGCGUGAUUAUCGUGUACAGAUUAGUUGUUUGAAAAGUUGUGCCAGGUUUUAUGAUAUACGUGUUGUACUGUGUGGUUUAAAUGUUUCAUCCCCUUCAGAAGAUUUUGUAUUAAGUACACAGUUUGGAGAUUAAGGCGAUAGUUAGAAGACUUUUAAAAGACAGAAGUUCAAACUGUUGAAAGCCAAGUUUCAAGAGAAUACAUUUGCUUGGAAGACAUUAUGGCUUGCCAGAGAUACAGCAAGGUGGGGCCUUGGAAAUGUGCUCUAUUUUUCACCUGAUGAUGUGGACAUUUACACUACAACCACAAAUGGUGGAUGAAACAGGCUCACUUAAGAACAACACAGUUGGAACCUCAGGGAGAAAGUCAGGUUUUUACAAGUAUUUGAUAAAUUAUUAAUUGCUGUGAUCCACGUGUGUUAUGUCAAGGCUGCAUGGUAGAAUGGAUCGUUACGUUUUUGUAGUAGAAGAUAACAGAAUGAUUAAAUUAAAGACAACACGGAAGGUUUUAUUGCUAUAAUAUACUUGGUGGUGGUACAAGUUUAAAUUAGUGUGUUGCUCUGUCAGCUAUAACAACUCGCUUUGGUAUCUUGAGCAGUUUGUAUGAAAACACUGAAAUCCGUAGAUGUAGUUUUCAGGCGUAGACCUUCGUAUUUUUCCCAAAAGGCCAACAUGGUUUCAGGGCUCGAAAUUAGCACUCGCAAACUCGCGAAAUGCGAGUGGUUUUUCGAAGUUGCGAGUCUAAAAAAUAUCCUCCAGCAAACAUUUGCUAGUUAGGUUCCUUCUUUUGCUAGUAAAAAAAAUCUUACUAGUAAAACUUUGCUAGUAGACAAAAAAAAGUUAAGUUCGAGCCCUGGGUUUAAUUUAUUUAAGUAAUCUAAGAAUUGAAGAAACACCCAGCAGAGACGAAUAGUCAUAUAAAACAAUUUUUUUUUCAUUGACCGAUAGAAGUGUUGAGCAAGGCACGUCUUUUGAUCUGGGCUACUGGCUUGUGUUAUUGGCAUCUUGGUUUUGUUUGCCUUUUCUUUUCAUGUAUUUAUUUGCUCGUUUAACAAAUCAACUUUUCCAGUGAUAUAUAAAUGAUAGUUUUAGCCGAUGAAUUCGUAAGCAUAAAGUUAUUACUUUGCUGGUACUCUAGGGGGGUGGGGGAGAGGGUUGUCCCGACAACUGGUUGCUACGGAUUCGUGAUCCCAUUGAGGAUUGAUUUGACACACAGUGUCAUGAGUAAUAAUCCUGAAAGGUUUGUAGUGACAGUUACUAAAGCAAGUGGUGGUUUAUUUUUCUGGUAUUGCAUAAAUUGAACCUGUUAUGAGUAAUAUUUGAGUGUAAGUCACCGAAAAACACUACUUUUUUUCCAGGGUAUUUUAAACCAUGGAAACCUUUCAGUUUUGUUACUUGUGCGUCGUCUUGUUCAAUUAUUGUAUUUUUGUGUUUUUUAUUAAUUCUGCUUUCAUGUUAAGUUGUCAAUGACUAGUAACGCCCCAAUACUUCACUGGGAUCUUUGGAUUUAAUUAAAGGGUCUUUCUAUCCAAAAAAUAUGUUAUUUAUAGACUGAAAAUACUAUACCUCCCUACAAAAAACCCUUAUUGAUGGAUAAGCAUGUGUUAUCAAUAAUAAUUCUUUUGCAACAUUUAUCGGUGACAUAUUUUGUACUGAAUAUUUAAUUAUAAACUCUUUCCAGUUAAACUGGUGAAAUACAUUCUUCCAAAGGAUAAUUUUUUAGACGUUUUUACUACAAUUUGUUAUUGAGAUAUGCCCACAUUCUUACACACAUGUAUCCGAAAUUUUGUAACAACUAACAUUUUCAUGUUUGUAUAAGCAGAGGUAUUUUUAAAUGCACAGUCCUCAAUUAAAUAACAUAUAUGAUAUAACUACAAGGUAAUUAAAAUAGCGAACUACGAGAAUCGCUUUCACAAAACUAAAUGAUAACUAUUAGCGCAGUGGAACAAAAUGUAUCAUUGCGGACAAAGAGUGGGGGUAACAUUUUUUUUAUCAUAGUCUCGGAGUAGUAGCUGCCGAAAAACUUUCGUGCGCCGGAUUUGUCAGUGAUAACUUUUCCUUUAGUAGAGAUGGUGUUGAAAUCACUAUCUCUCUGGGUUACUGUAACUCCUUUGCCAUAUUCUAGAGAGCUUAGUUCAUUUUGCAUGUUAAACAUAGAUGUUUGCCUUAUGUGAAACGUGGAAAGUAUUUUUACGAAAUCCGUUUAAUUUCAUAGUAUUACAGAUUAGAUAUUUUUCAUGCUUGAAAGAGUACCUUGUGAACAUCAGUGGUAUUAAUGAACACUUUGACUUUGCAGGAAUUAUUUUAUUUGGGUGCUCUUAAAAUUUGUUGUCUAUAAUAUAGGCUUAGUAUCGUUUGUCUGUAUCAGACAGCUUGAAAGAGAUGUUGCCUUAUCUCACAUUGAAAGGCAUUAUUAACAACCCUUUUUAAGCAUGUAGUUACAUAUUAUUAUGGUCACUUUGCAGGUAAAAGGACUUUUCUAUGUGUUUAUAUCGACGAUAUUUGGUGCUACAUACAUUUAGAUGUUGAUAAUGUGGAGAAGGGGGACUGUUUUAAUCUUCUAUUUAUUUCUAUUGUUGAUUUAUGUGUUUACAUAUUAACCGUGUUAUUUAAUUAUCAACAUUUUUUUCUAGGUGGUAUCACAGAAUAAGACUGAUAACUCUUCCUUGAUAAAUGCUUCCACUUAAUCUAUAAGGGGUGGGUGGGGGUGUGGGGUAUUUUCUGAUGUAUUUGCCUUUCAGGAACAACCAACUUAAUUCGAUAGAUAUUUUCUCAAACAAAGUACUUUAACGAUCCUAACUUGUCUUUUACCUAACACUUGUACCAUUUUUUUGAACUAAUGAGUUCUUGUGUGGCUUAAAAUAUGUAAAUGCUGUUUUCUGGGCGGUUAUUUUAUCGUGAUGUGAUCAUUUCUACAUGUGCAUUCUUUUUAAAAUAACACGGUGAAUGUAGAGUUUCUUUUCCCUACAUUCACGUACGUAGGUGUUGGAUUAACUUGAAAU